UUUGAGGACUGGUAGUCUAACCGCGUUGGUCAACUGUUUCGGAUCUGGUUGCACCACCGCGUCAUGUGAUGCGGCCAAGCGCGCCGCCUCGCUCAGGUAGAACGCUGAGCUUGGAGGAAAAGCGCUUUCUAUUAUGAGUGGAUUUUUACUUUUAAAUUACCGAUGUGUUUAUCGUAUAUGGGACUGUAAUUAUGACGCAGAAGGACUGUGAGGAAAUAAAAAGGAUUAAUAAACUAUUCUUCAGGCUACGAAUCUUCUUCUACGCUUGUUUCAGUGGCUGACCGGAGUAGCAAUUAAUCCGCCUGAGAUUGAUUUUCCCCCAAUCUUAACGUGUGAGGCAUUUACAUUUUCUAUUCCACACUGAGCUGCCCACCGCAGCUCAUUUUUCAUUCUUUAGUCCAUGCUCUCUUCACGUCGGUAAUUAUUGGGCGCUGUCCUUUACACCGGCUUGCAUCGGUACGUGAGCCGGCGGACCCACGAUCUCACUUUGUUGGUGAGUAUCUCACUGCAGAUUCGGGGAUGUCGGCCCGGCGGUGUCCGGGUGCUCUGACUACCAGUUUGGGCUUGCCUCUCACGGGCGGAGAGGCAACAGUGAGCGGAGAGCCGUCAAGGGAACUGUUCGAGGCCUGCCGGAACGGAGACGUGGAGCGAGUGAAGAAACUAGUGAACUCCGAAAAUGUGAAUAGCAGGGACACGGCUGGCCGGAAAUCUACACCCCUUCACUUCGCUGCAGGAUUUGGUCGGAAGGAUGUUGUUGAUUAUUUACUUCAGAGUGGUGCUAAUGUCCAUGCACGUGAUGAUGGAGGCCUUAUCUCACUUCAUAAUGCUUGCUCUUUUGGACAUGCUGAAGUUGUGAGUCUGUUGUUACGACAUGGGGCUGACCCAAAUUCAAGAGACAACUGGAACUACACACCUCUACAUGAGGCUGCAAUCAAGGGAAAGAUUGAUGUCUGCAUAGUUCUUUUACAACAUGGUGCAGAUCCAACAAUUCGCAAUACAGAUGGAAGAACUGCAUUAGAUCUGGCAGAGCCAUCCGCUAAAGCAGUACUCACUGGUGAAUACAAGAAGGAUGAACUACUUGAAAGUGCAAGGAGUGGGAAUGAAGAAAAGAUGAUGGCCCUUCUUACACCAUUAAAUGUGAAUUGCCAUGCCAGUGAUGGUAGAAAGUCUACCCCUUUGCAUCUGGCUGCAGGAUAUAACCGAGUGAAAAUAGUGCAGCUGUUGUUACAACAUGGUGCUGAUGUGCUUGCAAAAGAUAAAGGGGAUUUAGUACCGCUUCACAAUGCCUGUUCUUAUGGACAUUAUGAAGUCACUGAACUUUUAGUUAAGCAUGGUGCUUGUGUCAAUGCAAUGGAUCUCUGGCAGUUCACACCACUGCAUGAAGGAGCCUCUAAGAAUAGGGUGGAAGUCUGUUCCUUGUUGCUUAGUUAUGGUGCUGAUCCAACUCUAUUAAACUGCCACAAUAAAAGUGCUAUUGACCUGGCUCCUACUCCACAAUUAAAGGAACGGUUAGCAUAUGAAUUCAAGGGUCACACUUUACUUCAAGCAGCAAGGGAAGCUGAUGUUGCGCGGCUCAAAAAACAUCUUUCUUUAGAAAUAGUAAAUUUUAAACAUCCACAAACUCAUGAAACAGCUUUGCAUUGUGCUGCUGUUUCUCCAUAUCCCAAGAGAAAGCAAGUGUGUGAGUUGCUUAUACGGAAAGGAGCAAAUGUAAAUGAAAAAACAAAAGAUUUUCUUACACCUCUUCACUUGGCUUCUGAACAAUCACAUAAUGAUGUCAUUGAAGUUCUUGUGAAACAUGAAGCAAAGGUAAAUGUUUUAGACAACCUUGGACAGACAGCACUUCACAGGGCAGCUCACUGUGGACACCUACAAACCUGUCGCUUACUGCUAAAUUCUGGGUGUGAUCCAUUAAUAGUUUCACUGCAGGGCUUUUCAGCCUCACAAAUGGGCAAUGAAAGCAUUCAGCAAAUACUUCAAGAAGGAGUUGUAAUCGGAAACUCUGAUGCUGAUCGCCAGCUGCUUGAAGCUGCAAAGUCUGGAGAUUUGGAAGUUGUCAAGAACCUUUGCACUCUCCAGAAUGUGAACUGCAGAGAUAUUGAAGGACGACAGUCAACACCCCUUCACUUUGCUGCAGGAUACAACAGAGUUGCAGUUGUUGAAUACUUGUUAGAGCAUGGUGCUGAUGUACAUGCUAAAGAUAAGGGUGGUCUGGUUCCACUGCACAAUGCUUGUUCUUAUGGCCAUUAUGAAGUUGCCGAACUUCUCGUCACACAUGGUGCAGUGGUGAAUGUAGCAGACUUGUGGAAGUUUACUCCUCUUCAUGAAGCUGCAGCAAAAGGAAAAUAUGAAAUCUGCAAAUUACUGCUCCAGCAUGGUGCAGACCCUACCAAAAAGAAUCGUGAUGGUAACACUCCACUUGACCUUGUUAAAGAUGGAGAUACUGACAUUCAGGACUUGUUGAGAGGUGAUGCUGCUUUAUUGGAUGCUGCCAAAAAAGGCUGUUUGGCAAGAGUCAAGAAGCUCUGUAGCCCUGAAAAUGUCAACUGCCGAGAUACACAAGGCAGACACUCUACUCCUUUACAUUUAGCAGCUGGAUAUAACAACUUAGAGGUGGCAGAAUAUCUACUACAGCAUGGUGCUGAAGUAAAUUCACAAGACAAAGGAGGUCUCAUACCGCUGCAUAAUGCUGCCUCAUAUGGUCAUGUGGAUGUGGCAGCUUUACUGAUCAAAUACAACGCAUGUGUGAAUGCCACUGAUAAAUGGGCCUUUACUCCCUUACAUGAGGCAGCCCAGAAAGGAAGGACCCAGCUGUGUGCCUUAUUGCUCGCGCAUGGUGCUGACCCAACUCUGAAAAACCAAGAAGGACAGUCAACACUGGAUCUUGUAACGGCGGAUGAUGUCCGAGCCUUGCUGACAGCAGCAAUGCCACCUUCUGCACUGCCUUCAUGUUAUAAACCUCAAGUUAUCAAUGUAUCAGCUGCAUCAGGAGUGGCUCCUACAGCAUUAUCAUCUAUUCCAUCUAGUCCAGCUAAUCUUUCUGCAGCCACCAGCCUUGACAAUCUCACAGGAACAUUUCCAGAACUGCCUUCCAUUAUUAGUGGAAAUGGGGCAGAUGGUGCUGUAGGUCUAGAGAAGAAGGAAGAUGUUACAGGAAUAGACAUCAGCAUUAACCAGUUUUUGAAGAAUCUUAGUCUUGAACAUCUUUCAGAAAUCUUUGAAAGAGAGCAGAUUACAUUGGAUGUUUUGGUGGAAAUGGGACAUAAAGAACUUAAAGAAAUUGGCAUCAAUGCAUAUGGCCAUCGUCAUAAAAUCAUCAAAGCAGUUGAAAGAUUAAUUGCAGGGCAACAAGGUUUCAAUCCUUAUUUAACAAUUAACACCUCAAACAGUGGGACAAUCUUAAUUGACUUAGCACCAGAUGAUAAAGAGUUCCAGUCUGUGGAAGAGGAGAUGCAGAGUACAAUAAGAGAACACAGGGAUGGAGGACAUGCUGGAGGGGUAUUUAACCGAUACAACAUUUUAAAGAUACAAAAAGUGUGCAAUAAAAAGCUUUGGGAAAGGUAUAGUCAUCGAAGAAAAGAAGUUUCAGAAGAAAACCAUAAUCAUUCUAAUGAAAGAAUGCUAUUUCAUGGAUCUCCAUUUGUGAAUGCAAUUAUUCAUAAAGGAUUUGAUGAAAGACAUGCAUAUAUUGGAGGAAUGUUUGGUGCUGGUAUUUAUUUUGCAGAAAACUCGUCCAAAAGUAACCAAUAUGUUUAUGGUAUCGGUGGUGGAACAGGGUGCCCAUUGCAUAAAGACAGGUCUUGCUAUGUUUGCCAAAGACAUUUGCUGUUUUGUCGUGUGACACUGGGAAAGUCCUUUUUGCAGUUUAGUGCCAUGAAAAUGGCCCAUUCACCUCCUGGCCAUCAUUCAGUUACUGGCAGGCCCAGUGUUAAUGGAUUGGCUUUGGCGGAGUAUGUUAUUUACAGGGGAGAGCAGGCUUACCCAGAAUAUUUAAUCACAUAUCAGAUAAUGAAGCCAGAACCUCCAGUGGAGUGAUUAAAGAAAGAAGAAUUUAAAACAGUGAACAUGAUAGAGGAACAGACUGUAAAUAUCAACCUCAAAGUUACCCUUCUGACAAGGCUCCCUUACAUGUUGCAUGAUAAACUUACUUUGGUGGAAUAUACAUUUUUUUUUCUUGUCCAAAAAACUGUUUUCAGUUUCAGCACUUUAAUAACUGACAUCAUUCCUUCAUCGUAUGAAUGUAUAUUUACACUAACGGAGAGCCUUUGCACAUGAAAUUGUUCAUUGUUUAUAAUUAAAUAAAUUGCGUCCGUUUCUAACAGUAAUAAUGCAGGAUCUCUUUAUUUGUAAAAAAAAAAAAA